AUCCCCUCUCCGUGUGGGAGGAGCUUCGUGAUUCCCGGAAGUGACUUUGACUUUCUGUGAAUUCCUGAACAACAAAAGAGUGAAAGAAAGAAUCACAAUCAGAUGUUUUGUCUUCAGUUAAAUAUGUGAAGCCCCGCCCCCUCCUCCGCCCCGCCCCCCUCCAUCUGCUGGUCGCGGAGCUUCAGCCGCGGUCCCUCCUCCUCUCCAGGCCGCGACCGGGCACCGCAGGCCGGGGAAGAAGCGUCGCCGGUGCUGCGGAACUCUGGAGCCCCGACGGCCGCGAAUAUACGGAGCCGGAGCUGCGUAGGGAAGGAAGCAAGGAAGGAAGGAAGGAAGGAUGAGCUGCAGGAGAGGAAGAGGAGCGCGCCUCACCAUGUUUCUCUUCUGGUGUCUCACGUGCACGCGGCCGCUGGUCACAGGAUCGUCGUCUGUUGACCAUGAGCUUCGUCUCUUCCCGUCUCGUCGGCCUCCUCCUCCUCCUGACCUGAGACACCACCUCCACCAUCAUCACCUCCACCAUCAUCACCUCCACCAUCAUCACCUCCACCAUCAUCACCUCUACCAUCUUCAUCAUCAUCUUCAUCAGCGUCCCGCCGGCUUCGCCAAAGUGGUGCCCGCCGCCCUCUCGGAGCCCCGCCCUCCUCACGCCGCGGUGUCGGCACGCCACCUGCUGACUGUGUAUCUGGCUGUGGAUGUGAGGAGGCUGAACGUCAGUCUUCUUCGGUGGUUUCGGGAAGGCGUGGCGGCGGCGCUCGGCGUUCCUACGGGACACGUGCACAUCAACCGGCUGAACGAGAAGAAGAAUGGCAUCGAGCUCUUCGUGUCCUCUGAUAGGCCGGGGGUCUCAGAGCCCCGCCCCGCCGAGGAGGUCAUCCAAUCCCUGAACGUCCGGGUCCUCCACCGCCACCUGGGGCACUUCGGCAUCACCGAGGUCUCCACAGAGGAGAACGUCCUGCAGGGCGAGCACAGAGACCACGUGUGGGGCGGAGAAGGUUUCUACACAGGCCUCCUCUUCGUCACCAUCUUCAUCAUCAUCAUCAUCACCUGCUUGAUGGUGUUGUACCGACUCAAGGAGAAGGUCCAGGUGUCUGACAGACAGCUGAAGGCUCCGCCCCCUGACCUCCACCUGACCCCGACAGUCCACUUGGACUCGGCCCAGAGGUUAAAGGGCACCAAGGUUUCAGGAAGCAUGGUCCAAGCUGAGCGCCCUCCAACUGUAGCCACGCCCAUUCGCCAGCAGCAGCCAAUCAUAGCUUGCCGCCGCCUCGCCCCUCUCCCAGUGGUCCCUCUGCCCAGCUCCGCCCCCGUUUUCAACAGCCAGGACCACGCCCCUCUGGCCGUGACAGCCAAUAGCGAGCUGAAGAUCUGCCCCUCCCCCUUCAGGAUGAAACCUGCAGCCCGACUGCAAGAGAGACGCGGCUCCAACGUCUCUCUGGUGUUGGACAUGUCGGCUCUCGGCGCCGUGGAGCCGCUCAACGUCGCCGUGGCGACGCCCAGAGAGGCGGCGGCCAGAGAGUACCUGCAGGCGGCCGGCCGGCCUCUGACACGGCGGCAGCUCCGCGACGUCGUCAACAACGCACACAAGCUGCACGCCGAGUUCGCUGAAAUUCCAAUGAAUUUUAUUGAUCCCAAGGAGCUCGAUAUCCCAAACCACGGGACCAAGAACCGAUACAAGACCAUACUGCCCAACCUCCAUUCCAGAGUGAUCCUGAAGACCAAGACCAGCGACCCUCUGAGCUGCUACAUCAACGCCAACUUCAUCCGGGGUUACCUUGGCAACGAGAGGGCGUUCAUCGCCACCCAGGGCCCCCUGGUGAACACGGUGAACGACUUCUGGACCAUGGUGUGGCAGGAGGAGACGCCGGCUGUGGUGAUGAUCACCAAGCUGAAGGAGAGGAACGAGAAGUGCGUGCUGUACUGGCCCGAGAGGAGAGGGAUCUACGGGAAGGUGGAGGUGUUGGUGAACGGCGUCAGAGAGACGGAGCACUACACCACCCGCUGCCUCACACUCAAGUGUGGGGACCAGACCCGUGAGCUGCAGCACUUCUGGUUCACCUCGUGGCCCGACCACAAAACCCCCGACGCCACAGCGCCGCUGCUGCAGCUGGUGGAGGACGUGGAGGAGGAGAGACGGGCGAGAGACACCAGCGGACCUGUGGUGGUCCACUGCAGUGCUGGGAUUGGCCGGACCGGCUGCUUCAUCGCCACCACCAUCGGCUGCCGGCAGCUGCAGCUGGAGGGGGCGGUGGACGUGCUGAGCGUCACCUGCCGGCUGCGGGCCGACAGAGGCGGUAUGAUCCAGACAGGUGAGCAGUACGAGUUUGUCCACCACGCCCUGAGCCUGUACGAGGCCCGCCUCUCUGCAGAAACCGGCCAGUGAGGGCUCGCCGACCGCACAGUGGGCGUCGGCUUGGACCAGGAGGCGGAGCUCUCGUGGCGAAGUCCUCGAUCUUCCAGAUUAGAGAAUCCUUCAGGGGAUCUUCGGGUUCUUCCGACGGACAACCAAUGAGGAAGCCGAGUGGGCGGAGCCUGCCGAAGGGAAAGGAAGAAAGAGGUACAUUUCAGAAAACGGGACGUCUCCGUUCUUCUGCUCCGGUGUUUCUUCUUCACGUGUUUCUACUUCACGUGUUGUGGGAGGAGCCGGAAAGACUUCUUCUGUCGCCGAGGCGUAGAGAUCGACUCCCACGACGCGUCGCUCGUGUUUCUGCGUCUCGAGGACGUGAUGAUUUUGUAUCGUGGUGUUCGUGGUAUCUGAAGACGACUGUUAGCUGUCGCUCCAUUGGUCGACCGGCUGCCGUGACAACCGCUCUCCGUGAGUUCCCCGGGAUCGUUUUUAUUUACUCGCGUCCUUUUAAAACGUCUCAGAGACUAAACGUUGGUAAACUCUCAGGCCACUAAAAACGAGCAAGCUAACGCUACUUCGGCUUUGUUUCCAUUGACUUAUUUUUUAUUCACAUUUUUUAAAGACCGCUAAGGAAACCAGUUUGAUGGAUUUACGUUUAAUUCACAUUUCCGCAAAAUAAUUUGUUGAAAAAAAAUCCCACUCUGGUUAGCGAACAAGCUAACGCAACUUUGAGAUCUAUUUUGAUGUGUUUUAUAACUCGCGGGAGCCGACGUCACAGCGGAGCGACCGCCAGACGAAAAGCUCCAAGCUAACCAACCAAUGUACCGCUAAACAGGCUAAUGCUAAGCUAGCUCUCGUAGUACAGCGUUCUCCAUGGAGGCUCAUCGUAGUUUUGGUAGUUCGGUGUUAAUCUGUGAUGCUUUAAUGCUAAUAAAUGGACGCUAAUUUAUAAACUCAUGUUAUUAUCAGCCCGCUAUGGUAACGUAAUAUUUUUUGUCAAAACCAAUAAUAUUUAGUAUUCAACUGGUAAAAAAUGAACGUGUUUUACAGCAAUUAUUCCGUACGUGUCACGUAAAGCUAAAGCAAUAAAUACAGUAAAUCUGUAACUGGACGUAACGCCUCAAACGUCGUCCUACGACUCUAUAAAAGAUCAAUAACGUGUAUGAACUGUUUCUCAAAGGGUCAAAGGUCACGUGUGCACAUUUAAUUAGUUAAUGGAGACGAGUCAUAUCUCGACAUUGUGUUGAACCGGAGUUAAACUUAGUUAUUGAUAUUUAGCUUUAUGCCAAAAAGGUAAACGAUGACGUGGUGGUUCGUCUCUUGAGGAGCCGUUGUGAUUAUCAGUGUCUUCGUAUCCGUUGUGUAUCAAAGUAAUAACUUUAUUUUUAUACCGUUUCUACAUGUUCCCGUGUGUCGUAGCUUUCCGGCGUCUCUACCAACGCAAAACACGUAUUUUAGAAUUAAAAUGUGAAACUAGAAUAUGAAUACUUGCGUAGCUGUUUGGAGGAACGUUACCGUGGCGUAUCGUCCACGCCGUGUUAAAGGGCCGUCACGCCCCAUGUGGGCGGAGCCAACGCAGAGAACUCGCUGCUAUGAAACGGGAACAUUCUGAGAAGUUCGACGGACAAAAAACAAGAACAAGUUUAAAGGACAUAUUUAGUUUUUGUUCCUCUUCUCGUGACACGAGAGACUCUGGACUCUUUCCUCUUCGGCUGAUCAACAGAACUCACCUGAAGAAUAGAGACGAAGAAUAAAUUCACCUGGUUUAAACUUCUGUGACGUCACGUCUCACCUGAUCAUUUUAAACUGUUUUACUAAUGAACUUAAUGUUGUAACCUUAGCUACCGAGAACUGCUGUAACCUCUUUUAUACUUCUAUCUACACAUAUAUAUGGUUAUAUAUAUCUAUAUAUGUUUUUAUAUAUAUGUUUAUAUAUAUAUAUAUAUAUACGUAUAUAUAUUUAUAUAUAUAUAUAUAUAUAAACAUGUAUAUAAUAAUGUAUAUAUAUAUAUAACAUGUCUAUACAGUACAUGUUGUGACCUGUAAUCUGAACAUAAUCUCCGGACAUAAAGACUCGUAACUUGU